UAAAAAGAAAAAGUAAAAUGUCAAAAAAGUAGGUGUACAAUCAUGUAAACGACUUGAUAAUUUAUAAAUGUUCCUUAUUUUUAUGCAAUAAAAUGGAGAUAAGAGAAAAGGAAUUAUGCAAAUUGAAAGAUUUCACACAAAGUGUAGAGGCAGAAGUAACUAUGUUGCUGCAAAGUCUGCAGUGGGACAGAAAAUUGAUUUUGGAGGGAAACUCUACGGCACCCUGCCAAUAUGAUGCUAACCAUAGAAUGCCAAAAGAUAAACUGGAAACACAUGAAACGCACUGUGCUCUACGUAACCUAGGUUAUGGAGAAAAUGAUGAAUUACUGCCAGACCCACCUGACAACGAGGCCCACACUUUAGUGAAACUAAGUAAUACUGAAAUACAGCAAAUAAUCAAUGAAGCUUCUAAAGGAGACCCACUUUUCAAAAAAGGAGUAGGUGGUGUGAGUCACCAGCCGCUGUCCUUGUCACGGCUGCAACUGGUGUACACAGCAGACGAGAGGCGGGCCCUGCAUGAUGCCGUGGUCGCCGCAGUGCCAUCCUGCCAUGAUCUGGGUGACUUGGCUUUGGCUAGCACUUCUAAAGGCGCGGAGCCUGGUAGCGCAGUUAAGUCCCGCGUGGAGAUUCUGGCCGAGCUGCGGGACAUGAAGCGCAGGCGCACCAAGUACCGCGUCGCCGCGAAGACCAGAAACUACUCCGAUGUUCUCCGGGACGUCAUCAAAACACAGAUGGAAUCAUACACCGAAGCCAUUUCAAGUACUUCUACUAAAGAUAUAGUAAAUGCAAAGUAUAGUCAAAAUGUUGAUUCUGACCAUGAGAGAAAUAAUUAUAGAAGUUCUUCAAAGUGUAUGAAAUUUGAUGGUGUCAGAAUAAGUGAUGGCAAAUCUGAGAAUUCAGAUGUUGACAAAAGACUUGAAGACAGAAGAUACAGAUAUAACGGCAGAAAGGAAUCAUCCAGCAGAUAUGAAAAUCGGCACGAAAGAGCAAAUAGCAGUAAUAGACAUGAAAGUAAUAGACAGAUCUGUAGAGAUGAACCAAGUGAAAGAUAUACAAGCAGAAGUAAACAUGGAAACAGCUUUGAAAAAAGGAGACAUGAUAAUGAAGGCAACGCUAGAAAUGAAGAAAAACAUGCUCAUAUAUCUAACGAAAGAAAUGAUGAUUUCGAUAAAUUAGACAAACCAAAGUCGCACGAUUAUGGCCAUGAUAGAUAUAAAUAUGAUCAUUAUAAGAAGGAUAAGGUAAAAGUGGAACCAAGAAAACGAAGUAGGAAAUCAAUGUCUAGAAGCGAUUUCAAAAGGCACCGCAACAGUAGAUCCAAAUCUCGGGAAAGUCGAAAAAGGAAACGUGGAGACAAAGAUAAUAAAAGAUAUGGCUGUGAAAAGAGCGAUGUACAACAUAAGCGGUAUUAUGACUUUUAAAAGGCGGGUUGCUAAGAUUUUAGACCCGGUGCUGAGUAGUAGUUUGGUGUUACUAUGAGACAAUGUUUGGAUGAU